AUGAUGCAUUCAGUGUUGAGCGUUCUUGAGAGCAGCAUCUGGUGCCGCAAGAUGGUCUUCGAUGCUGCCAAAAGUGUGGGAAUAGUGAGAUCCAUACACAUCGCAUCCGAAACACAAUCAAUCGCCGAGAAUUAUGACGAAGCUAUCAAGACACUCAAUACACUCCAGAGCAACGCCGAGACCAUCCAGCAGACAGUGAGGAAUUCCGCUGACUUCGAGAAACAACGUUUUCAAGAAGUAGAGAAAUUCCUCAAGAAAACAGGAGUCCCCCUCGAAAGGCUGGAUACCUUGUCCGUGAUCCACGUGGCGGGAACAAAAGGAAAGGGCUCAACAUGUGCUCUUGUUGAUUCAAUUCUCCACUCCCAUGGCAUUAGAACGGGAUUCUUCAGCUCACCUCAUCUCAUCUCAGCCACAGAGAGAAUUCGUCUCAAUGGAAUUCCUAUCAGUGAGGAGAAUUUUGUCAAAUACUUCUGGCGGAUUUAUAACACGUUGCGUAAAUCUCAAGAGCAUGAAAAGGAUAUGCCCACGUACUUUAAAUUCCUCACAAUCAUGGCAUUCAAUGUCUUCCUGGAGGAGAAUGUGGACGUGGCCAUUGUGGAAGUGGGAAUUGGAGGAGAGUAUGAUUGUACUAAUAUCGUGAGGAAUACCAAAACUGUAGGAAUUACGUCCCUUGGAUACGAUCAUACUCAAAUCCUGGGUAAUACUCUCGAAGAGAUUGCAUGGCAGAAAGCUGGUAUUAUAAAGCCACAAUCCCAUGUAUUCACUGUAACUCAACCACCGGGGUGUCUUGAAGUUAUUGAAAAGCGUGCACAGGAGAAGAAUGCCACUUUCACAGUAGUACCAGAUUUUUCUACAUACAGCUGGACUCAGUUUCCUCGGAGAAAUGUAGAGACUCAUGUUCAGCGAUUAAAUGCAUCUCUAGCCAUUCAGUUGAGCCACGAUUGGCUACAACGCCACCGAUUGACGCGUCUACCGCGUAAAGUGAAUCUCAUAAAGGAGAUGCCUGAAGAAAUCUCAAUGGGAAUCGAGGGAACAAAGUGGCCAGGAAGAUGCCAAGUAAUUCCCUUCCAUCGAAGGAGAAUCUUUCUAGAUGGGGCACAUACAGUUGAAAGCAUUGAAGUAUGUGCAGAUUGGUUUGCUGAUAAUACAACUAAAAGCAAUAAUCCAAAGUGUCUGAUAUUCAACGUCACAGGUUCGAGGGAUACGAAAAAGCUCCUGAGAAUCCUUUUGAAGAAAAUUAACUUUGCAACAAUUAUCUUUACUCCAAAUAUCGCCUCGAAUACAUAUCACAGCACCGACAAUACAUCUGUUCUAACUGGAACUAAUGAGGCUCUCGAGAGAUGCAGGAAAAACGAGAAGGACUUGUAUGACAUCCUUGUGGAGAAAUACACAAAAAACAGUUUAAAUGGACUAAAUGGGAUUGCGAAAUUAAAUUCCCAAGUCUUAAGCAGUGUAUCCGAUGCCUUUACCUACUUGGACAAAACAUUUGGACAAGAAAAGGAUAUUGAUAUUCUUAUUACAGGAUCUCUCUACUUAGUGGGCGCUAGUUUAUUGGCACUUGAACAUGUUGAUGGUAAAAAGUGAGAGCAAUUUGGUUGAAUAAAAACAUUUUAGAUUUCAUACAAAUUCCUUAAUGGCAUUUCCAUAUAUGAACCCCAUUAUAUAUCCCAUUCCAAUUGGACUAGGGCACCAAUAGAAAGUCCUCGUGCUACACCAAUAGGAUCCAUGAAAGAAUUCCCAAGCUCCGCCCUUGAAUAUUUUCCUGCCAUGGAUACUUUGGCAGAAAACAUGGGGAAAGUGCACGGAAAGGCGAAAAAAGGAGAUGGAAAUUCUCUAUUCCCAGCCAAAGUCAAUUUUGUCAAAUAACUUUAUCAUCAUUAAUAAAUUGUCUCACAAAGUGAA